AGGGCGAAGACAACCUCCAGAUCCUGGUGGAGCCCGAAGGGGACAGCUUCCCGCUGAUGGAGAUCAGUUCCUGCGAGACCGAGGCGUCCGAGCAGUGGGAUUACGUCCUUGUGGCCGACCUUCGCACCCAGACGGACCCCCGGCAGGUGCAGCAGCAGUGGCAGUUCCUGGAACAGCUCAGGAGAAAGGGCUUCCACACCAAGAUGAUAAAGGACCAGAGACAGGUGUUCUUCGGGAUCCGUGCUGACAACAGUGUCUUCGACCUGUACCACACCCUCCUCCUGGAGCCCGAGGGUCCCGCCCGCCAGGCCGAGCAUGCUGAGGCCACGGCUGUCCCGGUCACCACGAGAAUCCGAAUCGUGGACUUCGUGGUCCAGAAAAACAAGACCUCAGCUGGCAAGACAUUCGAGAAUUUGAUGAAGGACGGGGUCUUCGAGGCCAGGUUCCCCCUACACAAGGAGGAGAAAAAGCUGAAGACUUGGGCGCAGUGGAGGAGCAUGUUCCACAAGCAGCCAGUGGAUGAGAUCAGGAACUACUUCGGGGAGAAGGUGGCCCUGUACUUCGCCUGGCUGGGCUGGUACACCUACAUGCUGGUGCCAGCCGCCCUGACAGGCCUCGUGGUUUUCCUGAGUGGAUUCUCACUGUUCGAGGCCAGCCAGAUCAGCAAGGAGAUCUGUGAAGCCGACAACAUCCUCAUGUGUCCCCUCGGAGACCACAGCCGCAGGUACCAGCGGCUCUCGGAGACCUGCACUUUCGCCAAGCUCACCCACCUCUUUGACAAUGACGGCACGGUGGUGUUCGCCAUCUUCAUGGCUCUCUGGGCCACAGUGUUCCUGGAGAUCUGGAAGCGUCAGCGGGCCAGUGUGGUCCUGCACUGGAAGCUGUACGUGUGGGACGAGGACCAGGAGGAAAUGGCGCUUGAGCUCAUUCACUGUCCCGGCUACAAACUGCAGCUGCACCAGCACUCCUACCUGCGCAGCACCGUGAUCCUCGUGCUCACCCUGCUCAUGAUCUCCCUCAUGAUCGGCAUGGCGCACGUCCUGGUGGUCUACCGAGUCCUGGCCUCUGCGCUCUUUAGCAGCUCGGCGCUGCCCUUCCUGGAGGAGCAGGUGACCACGGCCGUGGUGGUGACCGGGGCCCUGGUGCACUACGUGACCAUCGUCAUCAUGACCAAGGUCAAUAAGCUCGUGGCCCUGAAGCUCUGCGACUUUGAGAAGCCCCGGACCUUCUCGGAACGGGAGAGCAGGUUCACCAUCCGCUUCUUCACGCUGCAGUUCUUCACCCACUUCUCCUCGCUCAUCUACAUCGCCUUCAUCCUGGGCAGGAUCAACGGCCACCCGGGGAAGUCCACGCGCCUGGCCGGCUUGUGGAAGCUGGAAGAGUGCCACGCCAGCGGCUGCAUGAUGGACCUGUUCGUGCAGAUGGCCAUCAUCAUGGGCCUGAAGCAGACGCUCAGCAACUGCGCGGAGUACCUGGGCCCGUGGCUGGCGCACAAGUGGCGCUCCAAGCAGGCCUCUGCGCCCGCCCGGGACCCCGAGCUCGGGGACUGGCAGCGAAACUACCUUCUGAACCCCGUCAACACCUUCAGCCUGUUCGACGAGUUCAUGGAGAUGAUGAUCCAGUACGGCUUCACCACCAUCUUCGUGGCCGCCUUCCCGCUGGCGCCGCUGCUCGCGCUCUUCAGCAACCUCGUGGAGAUCCGCCUGGACGCCAUCAAGAUGGUCCGGCUGCAGCGGCGCCUGGUGCCCCGCAAAGCCAAGGACAUCGGGACCUGGCUCCAGGUGCUGGAGACCAUCGGAGUGCUAGCGGUCAUUGCCAACGGAAUGGUCAUCGCCUUCACAUCUGAGUUCAUCCCUCGAGUGGUCUACAAGUACCGCUACAGCCCGUGCCUGAAAGAAGCCAACUCCACAGUCGACUGCCUCACGGGCUACGUCAACCACAGCCUGUCCGUCUUCUACACCAAGGACUUCCAGGACCCUGAUGGGAUUGAGGGCUCAGAAAACGUGACUCACUGCAGGUACAGGGACUACCGCCAUCCCCGCCAUUACACCCUCACCAGGAAGUUCUGGUUCCUCCUGGCCAUCCGCCUGGCCUUCGUCAUCCUCUUUGAGCACGUGGCCUUGUGCAUCAAGCUCAUUGCCGCCUGGUUCGUGCCUGACGUCCCGCAGUCGGUGAAGAACAGCGUUCUGGAGAGAAAGUACCAGCAUCUGUGUGAGAAGAUGAGGGAAAGGCAGAGGCUGGGCAGGGUGCGGACGGGCCCUCAGCCCCCGACACCCACCCAUCCCACCGCAGCCUCCAUCUUCUUCAGCGCCAGGAGCACAGAUGUGUAGGGCCAGAGCCCAUGCAGAGGCCCUGGCCCCCAGGAGCUGAGACAGUGUCAGCACCAGCACACCUCCCACUGGCCUCCCGCUGCGUGUGGAGGGAGGGGUGCUGUCAGAAGGCUGUGUCCAUGGGGGCUGCAGGAGCUCCCUGUCUGUUCAGGGCAUCUGUGAGCCGCCGGCCUGUUCCACCUGCUCUGUCUCUGUGGGGGCUCUCAAGCUUGGCACAUCCUGACUUGAAUUCUGGGUGACCCUGGGUACCCGCUGAACUGGGAGUGGGACUUCUCAGGCAGCCACAAGGCAGGAAAACUGGGCCAAGUUUCCUGGGCUGCUUCUGACUUCUGGGCCCCAGAUUCUGCCGUGCCCCCAUUCUGGGUGUUGGGAGGUGGCCUGAGCCCACCUCGCCGGCCUGUUCCCUUCAGCCAGGAGUUUCUGUAAUAAAAUUAAACCUGUUUGUCUUG